CACAUCUUCCUGCAAUGUACUCGUUAUCUAUAUGCCUUUGCAUUUCGUCUGACGUAGCCGCCGUCGCUUUAUCUCCAGCGUUUACUUUUCCUCUGCGCGUUAUCACACUCAGAGUAUUUUGCUGAAUUUCACACUGAUUUGUUUGUUAAUAUUUUAUUUCAUUUGUUUAUUUACCGGUACUCAGCUGUUCUUUGCUUUGUCUCCAUCUUUGCAUUUAUGAUUAUUAUAUUUUCAAUUUUUUAAAGCAAAAAACUGCAGUCGACCAACCACAAAGCGACAGCAGUAGCAUUUCGGCCAAGUAGAGUCCAAUAACAAGCCUAAAGCGCUGAAAUCAAUUGAGAUAUUUAACGUUUGUGAUUCUUCGGAAAGACAGUAGCGCUGCAAAUUUUAUUUGUGAUUAUUUUUUGUCUUGGCUGCAAUUUUAUUUUAUUUACUUUUGUUAAGUUUGUGAUAAGUGGAUAUGGGAGUGCAAAUAAAUAUGCAUUUUUAAUGUGCAAUGUGCUUAUGUAUUUAAUACUAUUGCAAAACUAAAGUUGUGUGCAGUAAAAAUAAUUUUUAUAAUUACUUACAUAUUAUAUUUGACUGCACAUUAUUAAAACCAAGUUUUAGUGUUUGAAAUUAUGUGGGAAGUUGUGUUUUUGGAUGAUGAGAAUGUUGCAACAUCAGGUCCAAGCCAUGCCGCCAGCGAUGAUUUCACAUCAAUUGAUUGCUGCUCACCCGUUGCCAAAUAUGAGCUGACCGAUAACUCCACAGAUCAUUCGUUUCUGCUCAUGGAUGCUGAAGAAAAUUUGCGUAUAGCGACCGCAGACCGCUUCCGUCAGCGACUAAAAUGCAGCGAUGAUACAAAAAUCAAAGUGAUCUCUAUAUUUGGCAACACCGGCGAUGGCAAGUCACACACCAUGAAUCACACGUUCUUCGGCGGCGCUGAGGUGUUCAAAACGUCAGCGGAGCAGAGUUCAUGCACGAUAGGCGUGUAUGCGGCUUUACAGCGCAACAUGGACGUGCUUUGUCUGGAUACGGAAGGCCUUUUGGGCACCUCCAAGCAGAAGAAUCGACGCACGCGCAUGCUGCUGAAGAUACUCGCCGUGUCGGAUAUUGUUAUUUAUCGCACACGCUCCGAGCGCUUACACAGCGAUAUGUAUGAGUUUUUGGGCUCUGCGUCGGAAGCAUUCUGCUUGCAUUUCGCGCAGGCACUACAGUCGCUGCCAGUGCCAGGCACAGCGCAAACGCUUGGCCCCGCCGUCUUCAUCUUCCACGAAACACAGCAUACAAAUCCGCUUGACAGCUCUGUCGCUGAAAGUGCCGAAGAUCAAUUGCGCAAACAAUUCGAUAUGCAUAACCACAAAAUAAACGCGUUUAGCUCGUUGCGCUAUAUUGGCGUACAAACAUUGAAACAUUUGGCCACCGACUAUAGCAAACUAAGGGAUGCCAUCAAAUUGGAAAUCGCCAAUACCACCGUACGCUCACCACGUCAUCCCAGUGUUGUGUUCAAAGCGAUGAAUGCGCUCAAUACGAAAUUCUCCGGUGAAAUUACUGAGGAAACUAUAAAUCCGUUUCCCGAGCAAUUUUUCACUUGUCCAGUGCGCUGUGAGGCAUGCAAUCAGCGUUGUCAACGUUCAAUGGGCCAUAUGAGUGAUGGCGAUGGCCAUUCGAAUCAAAACCAAUGUAAUUAUCAGCAUCAGUAUGACAAUAAGAAGUAUAUGUGUGAAAAAUGCUACAACAAAGGCAAAAUGAACGUCGUCACAUUUACUACACAAACACGCAGCGACAGCUCCUGGUCCGGACUGGCAAAAUAUGCCUGGAAGGGCGCCGUCAUCGAUUGUCCAACUUGCGGCGAAAUUUACAGAUCACGACAAUAUUGGUUUGGCAAUAAAUCGCCGGAAGAGACAGCUGUUAGAUCCAUUAUUGUACACGCCUGGGAGCCAAAAGGUCCCACACACUCGGCACAAAUGGUGCUGGAUAAAGUAUCCACACUCGGCGAUGCAUUGCCGAAGCUACAUCCGAAUGCUGUAACCGGUUGGUUAGCGGAUUGGGUGGCACCCAGUUAUUGGAAACCAAAUAGCGAAAUUAUUAGCUGCCAUGCAUGCAAGAAAGUUUUCGAAAAUACUGGUUUGCUUAAGCAUCACUGUCGCUGCUGUGGCGAGGGUUUUUGUCACGCAUGUAGUAUGAAUCAGUUGCCAGUGCCAGCGCGUGGCUGGCGAGAUCCGGUGCGUGUGUGUAAUAUAUGUUAUACGCUGUUGCAGAAACAGCCAAAUGGAGUGCCGGCAAAUACAACCGAAGCAUUUAAUCAUACCAAUUCCAAUUCAAAUUCAAAUCCAAAUAAUAAUAUCACAGGCCAAACAACGACUGAGCAAGCUGACAUAAGUCUGCGCCAAAUCGGCGAGGUGAUCAUCAAUCCGUUGGGCAACAUAACAAAGGGUGCCUAUGAAUUUACCAAAGGAAUCAUCAAGGACACUGCACGGCCCUCAUACUGGGUAUCGGACGCCAGUUCACCCACCUGCUACAUUUGUCAGACACUUUUCGGCACUGCCGAAGAGCUAGCUAUAGCUAAGGCUAGUGGCGCCUCCACCAGCAGCCGAAGCACAAAACACACACAUGACACACAAGCAAAAGACAAUAUUACCAAUGGCAAUAUGAGUGAUAGUGUCACAAGUAAUCUAUCGAAUGGCGGCGGCAAAUGUAACAUACCAUCGCCAAUUGGCCACUGUCCACGUCAUCAUUGUCGGCGCUGCGGCAAAGCGGUUUGCGAAAAAUGCUCACAGCAACGCCAGCCAGUGCCCGAGCAUGGCUGGGAUGAGCCAGUGCGUGUCUGUGAUAAAUGUGCCGAUCCAAAGCAAUGCGAGCCGACCGCUAGUGGCAGCAACAAUGCUAAUAACGGCAGCGCCGAUUGAAUGCGCAAGCGCAUAAAUUACUUUGCUAUGAUUUUGUUUUUGUUUGAAGUUUGCAUUUAUACGCAUAUGCCACUGGUAUGGCGGCAUUUGCACAUUGGACUGAGCAGUAAAAGGCCUACAAAUCGUAAAAAUUCGCACACACAAAUAUAAGCAUUGCCACAUAUUCUCAUUGAUAUUCAUUUUCACACAUUUUAUUCGUUAAAAUAAUUUUUAUAUGGACUUAUAUAUAUAGAUAUGAAGCGUUUGAGCGGUUACGUGCCCAGUGAACUAUGCAGCUAUGCUUUUCUUCACAUAAAAGUGGUCAGUUUCUUGCACAAAAUCAGUUAUUUUUCUAUAUAGGAGUGGUUAGUUUCUUAUAUAAGAGUGGUCAGUAUUUUAUAUAAGAGUGGUUAGUUUCUGAUAUUGAUAUUUCUUAUAUAAGAAUAAUCAGUUUCUUGUAUAAAAGUGUUUAACUUGUUAUAUAAGAGUGGUUAGUUUCUGAUAUAGGAGUGGUCAAUUUCUUGUAUAAGAGAGGUCAGUUUCAUAUGUAAAAGUAACUAGUUUCUUAUACAAGUAUAGGCAGUUUCUUGAAUAAAAGUGGUUAGUUUGUUAUAUAAGAGUAGUAAAUUUCUUAUAUAACAGUGGUCAGUUUCUUGUACAAAAGUGGUUAGUUUCUUAUGCAAAAGUGGUUAGUUUGUUAUAUAAGGGUAGUGACUUACUUAUAUAGGAGUGACUAGACUCUCGUAUAAGAAUAGCCAGUUUGUUAUAUAAGAAUGGUUAGUUUCUAAUAUAAGAUUAGUGAGUUUCUAAUAUAGCAGUGGUCAAUUUCUUACAUAAGAGUGGUCAAUUUCUUGUAUAAGAGUGGCCAGUUUAUUGUAUAAAAGUGGUCAGUUUCUUAUGAAAAAGUAGCUACUUUCUUAUAUGAGUGUGGUGAAUUUCUUAUAUAAGAGAUUAUAUGCCUCUAAAGUAUAUAUUUUGUACUUAUGACAAUGGUAAACCAAUAUAGCUGUGCUUAUAUCUUAAAAUCGUAAAGUCGUAUCUGACUAAAUUAUGUAUUUUGUGUGCUAAUAAGUACUGUGGGUCUAUUCCAACAUAAUUUGUAGCUAAUUUUAAAAAACUAUUAUUUCUGCUGACAAACAAAGUCAUGUCGCUUAUAAAACGAACAGCAUAACUCCAAUUAAUCACUUUUGCUAGAGCCUACUUAAGCUAUUUUACCACAGUUUUAUAGUUAUCAACUCGCACACAAAUAACUUUGGCAAUGAAUUCGCAAUAUAAAAACGUUUUUUUGCGCUCAAAAAGUUUUAACCUAAAAAUAUUAUUUUUUUUUUAAUUACUAUAUAAUUGAAAAAUGUUAAUAUAUAUUAAAGUCCAUUUACUGCAUUAAUAUUACACCACACUUUGGUUCUUGGGUUUUUUUCAUUAAAGUAAAUUUCUUAUGUCUUAACCUUCUAAUUUGCCGUUAUGCGCUUCCUGUUGUAUAUGUAUGUUUAUAGAAAAAUUAUAAAAAAUCGAUUUAUUUUCACAAAGGCUACAAAAUUGUAAUGAAUGAUUGUGAUACUUGAUAAGCGUUUAUAUAUAUGUAGAUAUAUAAUUGUUUAUUUGUAUGCAUUGUGAGAUGCUAAUUUCUCUCCCAAAUUAUAUUUACUACCUAGAAUUAUAUAAGUUGCAUGGUAAAAUAAAAUGUAAGCGACAUAUGUAUAUAUAUAUAUAUAUAGAUAUAUAUAAAUAUGAAGAUAGUUUAUAGUCAAAAACAAUGAAAUGUGUCAACUGUUGCGCAUGCGUGGUCAGUAUUUUUGGCAUACAAACUAUUUGGUUGCAUAAAUCUGUGAUUAUGCCCGGCAGUGGCAGCACUGUUUCAUCAUUUGACUACAGCAAAUAUGUAUGUAUUGGUAUAUAUAUAUAUAAUAUAAGGAAAAAAUAUGUUUCUACGCUAUCUUAAUGGAUUCAAUAUUACGCUAAUUUAGUUAACCAAUUUAAGUGAAGUGAAAAGUAGCUGAAUUGUAUUCUAAUAAUUUUCUUUUUGUCUGAAAAAAGGUUGCUUCUAGUUAAUUUUCUUAUUUUAUGCAACACGAGUUUAAAUUCAAACUUAUUUUCAUUGUAAUACUAUGUAAUGUAAACAAAUUAAAUAAAAUUGCAUCUUUUUCUUAUCAAA